AUGGACGACUAUACGUCAAAGAAGUUCAAAGAAAGUCGCGUGUCGGGUUUGGAAGGCAGCAGCAUGACCGAGAUCCACGUUGUGGUCUCAACACUGGCCCUGUCAUACUGGUGCUGGAAGUGCAAGACCGCAGCCGAGUACCACCGUAACCCUGUGAGCUUUACAGGGCGCAGCAUAGUACACCUGGUGUUUGAGCUGGUUAUAUUCUUGGUACCAACAUUCCUAGCCUUUACUGGGCAGCACACAGUGCUGGUGAUCCUGUCGCUGAUUGCAGCCGGUGUGUAUUUUCGGUGGCAGGUCCCAAGCGCGCCACGCCGUCACGACAAGUGGGCUCCUGACCCGCGGGCAGUGGAGUUCGACAAGAGCUAUGUGCCUGGCAGAGUCACGGCCAAGCCCUAUCUGAGCAUUUACCGCGGGGAGAUGAUGUUGAUGACGUGUUUCUGCAUCCUGGCAGUCGACUUCUGGGUGUUCCCGCUAAAGUUCGCCAAGGUUGAGACAAAUGGAACGUCGGUCAUGGACUUGGGUGUUGGGUCGUUCGUGUUCUCGGCUGGUGUUGUGGGUGCCAAGCCGUUCUUGCCGCGACAUGUCAAAGACAAGGUCGUCAAGACAUCGCUGGCGCACCAGCUCAAGGCUGGGCUAUGGACAGCAUUUCCAAUCCUGGCACUGGGCUUUAUCCGCUACAUCAUGACUGAAUCUGCUGAAUACCAGAAGCAUGUGUCCGAGUACGGCACGCACUGGAACUUCUUCUUCACGCUCGGAUUUCUCCCGAUCUUUGUGCCGCUUGGCCUGUAUGUGUACGACGAUCUGCGCGUCACCUCGAUGGCACUGCUGGUGCUGUACCAGGGUGCAAUCAGUCUGACCGGAUUUGGCAAAUGGCUCGAGGGUGCGGACCGUGAAGACGGCCUGGUCGCAGCGAACCGCGAGGGCAUCUUUUCAUUCAUCGGGUACCUGGCCAUGUUCCUGAUGGGUAUGAGCUUAGGCAAGGAGGUGCUACCUGAUGCGUCAACCCUGGAGAACCGACGGAUGCGCAUCAUUGCUGUGCUGGCAUCCUGGGUCACAGCAGCCAUUAGUUUUGUGUUGGUAUGGUUUGUCUGUGGCAUUGAGGUGUCACGGCGCUUCGCCAAUGCACCGUAUUGCCUGUGGGUUGCUGCAUUCAACACAGCAAUGCUCUGGGUAUUUUUGAUCAUCGAGGAGGAUAUCGACUCGAAGCUGCCACCACUGCUGAUGCGGAGUGGACGGCCCAAGGGCUACGAUGUGCCGUUGCUGCUUGAGGCCAUCAACAAAAACAGCCUGACAACGUUCCUAGUCGCGAAUCUGCUCACCGGAGCCACCAACAUUUUCUUCGAGACGCUGCUAUGCGGGACUGCCAAGGCGUAUACGAUCCUGGUCGUUUACACAUUGCUAUUUCUGACGCCAGCAUUGCUGCUGUUCAAGGCAGGCAUCAGGCUGCGCUGA